CAGCGUCUCUGGUUCCGGCUGCUGGAGUUGUGAGAGAGAGGGAGUCUGGCCGGGGCUGACUCGGGCUCGCUUCUUCCUGUGGCGAGGCGUGUCGGGAGUCAGGGCCAUGGCGAGGAGCGGCCCGUGACAGGCACCCGGAACGCUGCUGCUGGGCAGGGGAGCGCCAUGGCCGGGCGGCGAGGCGCGGGCGGGGCGGCCCCCAUGGCGGAGGCGCCGGGCUGUGGGCCUGCGGCGGAGCCGGCCCGGGAGCUGUUCGAGGCCUGCAGGAACGGGGACGUGGAGCGGGUUAAGCGGCUGGUGCGGCCCGAGAACGUGAACGGCAGGGACACGGCGGGCAGGAAGUCCAGCCCCCUGCACUUCGCCGCAGGUUUUGGUCGGAAGGAAGUAGUUGAAUAUUUGCUUCAAAGUGGUGCCAAUGUCCAUGCACGAGAUGAUGGUGGCCUCAUUCCUCUUCAUAAUGCCUGCUCUUUCGGUCACGCUGAAGUUGUCAGUCUUCUUUUGCAUCAUGGUGCAGAUCCUAAUGCUCGGGAUAAUUGGAACUAUACUCCUCUUCAUGAAGCUGCCAUUAAGGGCAAGACUGAUGUGUGCAUAGUACUGCUACAGCAUGGUGCUGAACCAGCCAUCCGAAAUACAGAUGGAAGGACAGCUUUGGAUUUAGCAGACCCAUCUGCAAAAGCAGUGCUGACAGGUGAUUACAAGAAGGAUGAACUCUUAGAAAGUGCCAGGGGUGGUAAUGAAGAAAAGAUGAUGGCUCUCCUUACACCAUUAAAUGUCAACUGUCAUGCAAGUGAUGGCAGAAAGUCAACUCCAUUACACUUAGCAGCUGGGUAUAACCGGGUUAAGAUUGUGCAGCUGUUACUACAGCAUGGAGCUGAUGUACAUGCCAAGGAUAAAGGAGAUUUGGUGCCACUUCACAAUGCCUGUUCCUAUGGUCAUUAUGAAGUAACAGAACUUCUAGUAAAGCAUGGAGCAUGUGUGAAUGCUAUGGAUCUAUGGCAGUUCACUCCUCUGCAUGAAGCAGCUUCUAAGAACAGGGUGGAAGUGUGUUCUCUCUUGCUAAGUUAUGGUGCUGAUCCAACACUGUUGAACUGUCACAAUAAAAGCACCAUUGAUUUAGCCCCAACACCUCAAUUAAAAGAACGAUUGGCAUAUGAAUUCAAAGGUCACUCCUUGCUGCAGGCGGCCAGAGAAUCAGAUGUAGCUCGCAUCAAAAAAUAUCUUUCUUUGGAAACAGUGAAUUUCAAGCAUCCUCAAACUCAUGAAACAGCACUGCACUGUGCUGCUGCAUCUCCGUAUCCCAAGAGAAAGCAAGUCUGUGAAUUACUUCUGAGAAAAGGAGCCAACAUCAAUGAAAAGACAAAAGACUUCUUGACACCUCUCCAUGUGGCAUCAGAAAAAGCUCAUAAUGAUGUUGUUGAAGUUGUUGUGAAGCAUGAAGCUAAGGUUAAUGCAUUGGACAAUCUUGGUCAGACUUCUCUGCAUAGAGCUGCACAUUCUGGCCAUCUGCAAACAUGCAGAUUGUUGUUGAGCUCUGGAUGUGAUCCCUCAAUUGUGUCACUGCAGGGUUUUACAGCUUUACAAAUGGGGUCUGAAAAUGUGCAACAAUUACUACAAGCCCUAUUUUCUUUUGUAGAAGGCAUCCCAUUAGGUAAUUCAGAUGCAGAUCGACAGUUGCUGGAAGCUGCAAAGGCAGGAGAUGUGGAUACUGUAAAAAAGUUAUGUACAAUUCAGAGUGUGAACUGCAGAGAUAUUGAAGGGCGUCAGUCCACACCACUUCACUUUGCAGCAGGAUAUAACAGGGUGUCUGUGGUUGAGUAUCUUCUUCAGCAUGGUGCUGAUGUUCAUGCAAAAGAUAAAGGAGGUCUCGUCCCUUUGCACAAUGCUUGUUCCUAUGGUCACUAUGAAGUAGCAGAACUGCUUGUUAAACAUGGUGCAGUUGUAAAUGUAGCUGAUUUGUGGAAGUUCACUCCCUUACAUGAAGCUGCUGCAAAAGGAAAAUAUGAGAUCUGCAGACUUCUAUUACAGCAUGGUGCUGACUCCACAAAGAAGAACAGAGAUGGAAAUACUGCCUUGGAUCUUGUUAAAGAUGGUGAUACUGAUAUUCAAGACCUACUUAGAGGAGAUGCAGCUUUGUUAGAUGCUGCCAAGAAGGGUUGUUUGGCCCGAGUAAAGAAGCUUUGUUCACCGGACAAUGUAAAUUGUCGUGACACACAAGGAAGACAUUCAACACCACUACAUUUAGCAGCUGGUUACAACAAUUUGGAGGUUGCAGAGUACCUGUUACAGCAUGGAGCUGAUGUGAAUGCACAGGAUAAAGGAGGGUUGAUUCCUCUACAUAAUGCUGCAUCUUAUGGGCACGUAGAUGUAGCAGCUUUACUUAUAAAGUAUAAUGCGUGUGUGAAUGCUACGGACAAAUGGGCUUUCACACCUUUGCAUGAAGCAGCCCAGAAAGGAAGGACACAGCUUUGUGCCUUGUUAUUGGCACAUGGAGCUGAUCCUACUCUGAAAAACCAGGAAGGACAAACACCAUUAGACCUGGUCACCGCAGAUGAUGUUAAUGCGCUGUUGACAGCUGCUAUGCCUCCUUCUGCCUUGCCAUCUUGUUAUAAACCUCAGGUUAUAAAUGUAUCUCAAACCACGGGACCUACGGCUGAUUCCCUGUCUUCCGUUCCAUCCAGCCCAUCCAAUCUGUCUGCUGCCAGUAGCCUUGACAACUUAUCUGGUAGCUUUUCUGAACUCCCUUCAGUUGUUGGUACAAAUGGUGCAGAGGGAGUAACUGUUUUAGAGAAAAAGGAAGUUCCAGGUGUAGAUUUUAGCAUAAAUCAGUUUGUAAGGAAUCUUGGACUUGAACAUCUGAUUGACGUAUUUGAGAGAGAGCAAAUAACACUGGAUGUAUUGGUUGAAAUGGGCCACAAAGAGUUAAAGGAAAUUGGGAUUAAUGCUUAUGGACAUAGGCAUAAAAUCAUUAAAGGAGUUGAAAGACUGAUCUCUGGACAGCAAGGUCUUAACCCAUACCUCACUUUGAAUACUUCUGGUAGUGGAACAGUUCUUAUAGAUCUCUCUCCUGAUGAUAAGGAAUUUCAGUCAGUGGAAGAGGAGAUGCAGAGUACAGUCCGAGAGCACAGAGAUGGUGGGCAUGCUGGUGGAGUGUUCAACAAAUACAAUUUUCUGAAGAUUCAAAAAGUGUAUAACAAAAAACUCUGGGAAAGAUACACUCACAGGAGGAAAGAAGUUUCUGAAGAAAAUCAUAACCAUGCUAAUGAAAGGAUGCUGUUUCAUGGUUCCCCGUUUGUGAAUGCAAUCAUUCAUAAAGGUUUUGAUGAGAGACAUGCAUACAUAGGUGGAAUGUUUGGAGCUGGUAUAUAUUUUGCUGAAAACUCUUCCAAAAGCAAUCAGUAUGUAUAUGGAAUUGGAGGUGGGACUGGAUGCCCAGUUCACAAAGAUAGAUCUUGUUAUGUUUGCCACAGGCAGUUGCUGUUUUGCCGUGUAACAUUGGGCAAGUCUUUCCUGCAGUUCAGUGCAAUGAAAAUGGCUCAUUCUCCUCCAGGACAUCAUUCAGUUACUGGUCGACCUAGUGUAAAUGGACUAGCUUUAGCAGAGUACGUCAUAUACAGAGGAGAACAGGCUUAUCCAGAAUAUUUGAUUACUUACCAGAUUAUGAAACCUGAAGGCACCAUGGAAGCUUGAAGCAGAUUGCUUUUGGAAAUCAACAGAUCUGAACAUGAAGAUACCAAUACCUAACAUCUUCUAAAUUACACUGAAUUGAUGAAAAUGUUUUAUCCACAGGCAUUGUGGUAGAAAAUGUGAAAAAAUCUAACAUUUUGACUUGAUAAAGCUUUAAUAAUGUACAGUCUGUUUUCUAAAAUUUCAAAAACUUCCUCUUUUUCAGCACUUUAACAGAUACCAUUCCAGGUAAACUGGGUUUGUCUGUACUAAAUUAUAAGCAUAAAUUAAUUUGAACUAUGCUUUUAUAUAAUACUACAUUGAAAUCUAGCAGAAACUAUAAUAUUCCACACAGGAAUUCAUUUUACUUAUACUGUGUUCUUUAAAACACUGCAUUCACACUGAAUACAAUUUCAUUUGUAAAACUGUAAAUAAGAGCUUUUGUACUAGCAUGAUAUUUAUUUACAUUGCUUUGUAAUGUAAGUGUUUUAGAACUGCAACCUUGUAAAAAGUAUUUUUUUCCAAAUGUUGCAUUGUUCAUCUAUGUUUCAUCAUAUACGAUAAACAGGAGAAGACUUUGAUUCCAGGGUUUGUCUUUUGGGAAGGGGGAGAAUAAAUUUGAUUUUAAUUAA